CGGAGGACUCGCUCGUCUCCCUGGAGUAGCCUCGGUUACUAACAAGUGGACUGUGUACAGUGUUUGGACUUCACAGCUGCCUGCCUGGGAAAGCUGCAGCCAUGGUGUUUGUGCAGAGCUACUGUGCAGCAAAUUCCUCCAUCUCCAUAACCUGGGUGGAUGAAGGCAUCGCCCCCUGCUUCUACUUCACACUGGUCCCCACCAUCCUGCUCUCCCUCUCCUUCCUCCUUGGCACCAUCCACUGCAUAUGUUACCAAAAGUAUGGCACGCAAAUGGAACGCAAGUUCAUUCCUCGCUCCUGCCUCUAUGGUUUUCAGCAGGUCCUCCACGUCUUCCUGAUCAUCAAGUUUCUGGGUGGAAUGAUUUGGAGAGCCACGAGUGCAGAUGAGCUUCCAGGGUAUGUGGUGCUGUACGGCUGCUUUUCCAUCCUGGGAUGGGCCUGGGCUAUGGCUCUACUCAGGGUGGAGAGGCGCAGGGUCCUGGUGUCGGAUCGGACAGGAGGACACAGUGCCGUCCUGCUGCUGUUCUGGGCUGUAGCUUUCUGUGCUGAGAACCUGGCUUUUGUCUCCUGGUACAGUCCUCAGUGGUGGUGGGGCCUGGAGAACAAACCACAACAGGUGAACGCUCACAUAAGAUGUUCCUCUGGAUUUGUGAGUAACGUACGCACUUUCGUCUGGAUCCGCGUGCAGCAGUACACCAAUCGACAGGUUCAAGUCAAUCUGUUUGGCCACCUGCACUCCCUCUCUCUGCGCUGGCAUCUGAGCCGCAAAACUGGUGAAGUACUGAGAAGUAUCAACCGUGGCACAUCUUCCGUUAACAACUUGGUCAGCUACAUAGUGUUCAGCAUCUUUCCAACCAUUGCUGAUAUUAUCAUCGCCAUCAUCUACUUCAUCACUUAUUUGAAUGCCUGGUUUGGCCUUAUUAUCUUCAUCUGCAUGACCUUCUACCUCACCUUGACGAUCAUCAUCACUGAAUGGAGAACCAAGUACAGACGAGAAAUGAAUCGGAUGGAUAACGCUGCCAAGGCCAAGGCUGUGGACUCCUUGUUAAACUUUGAGACGGUAAAAUACUACAAUGCAGAGAACUAUGAGGUCGGCCGGUUUGAGGGUGCAAUCUUAAAUUAUCAGGUUGGAGAUUAUGUUCUCUUCGGUACCUACAUCAUCCAAAUGUACAUCCCACUCAACUGGUUUGGAACAUACUACAGAAUGAUCCAGACUUCCUUUAUUGACAUGGAAAACAUGUUCCAACUUUUCGAAGAAGAUCAAGAGGUGAAGGAUGAAGUAAAUGCAGGAAGCCUUCUCUUUAAAUUGGGGAAAGUGGAGUUUGAAAACGUUUACUUCAGCUACAUAAAUGGCAAGGAGAUUCUCAGGGAUGUGUCCUUCACAGUUCUUCCAGGACAGACAGUUGCACUGGUUGGGCCGUCGGGAUCUGGGAAAAGCACAAUCAUUCGACUGCUUUUCCGUUUCUAUGAUGUUCAGGGAGGCUGCAUUCGCAUUGAUGGCCAGGAUAUAUCAAAGGUGAAACAAACGUCUCUGCGAUCUCAUAUCGGCGUGGUUCCCCAGGAUACCGUCCUGUUUAACGACACCAUCCGGGAGAACAUUCGCUACGGUCGCACCACUGCUAAUGACCAGGAGGUGGAGGAGGCUGCUGUCGCUGCUGAUAUCCAUGACAAAAUCAUGACCUUCCCUGAUGGUUAUGAUACCCAGGUGGGGGAAAGAGGACUGAAGCUGAGUGGAGGAGAGAAGCAGAGGGUGGCUAUCGCCAGAACUAUCCUCAAAGCACCACAAAUCAUCCUGCUGGAUGAGGCCACAUCUGCCCUGGACACACAGACAGAACGCAACAUCCAGGCCUCUCUGGCCAAAGUCUGUGUCAAUCGUACUACAGUGGUUGUAGCUCACAGGUUGUCCACCAUCAUCGCAGCAGACCAGAUCCUGGUUGUCAAUGAAGGGCGGAUUGCUGAGCGAGGACGACAUGAGGACUUGCUACAAAAAGGAGGUUUAUAUGCAAACAUGUGGAUGAAGCAACAACAGGCUCAGGACUCAGAUUCAUCAUCAGACACCGAAACCAAAGAUCGCAAGUCUGAGAAACUGCAGCCACCAUCGACGUCCUCAGGACACCACUGA